AUGGAUGGAGACACCAUGUUUGUUCUUCACUUUCUUCUGCCACUGUUGGCACUGUGGGCCUUGCGUUAUUGGGGGCUUUUCAAAAACCCCAUGUGUGAGAAAAUGAACAUUCCACUACUACCUGAUCCAGCCACUAUGUCCAAUUGGGAACUCUGUGAAAAAAUUGAAUACCUCGACUCUCUACUCGGCGACAUCCUCGCCUGUAUGAAGCACACUGUAAUUUGUUCUAUGGCCGUUAUCCUUUUAGAUUCGGUUAUCUGUUUCGUCUCUCGUCGCACGACCGUGGAGCGUAAAGCCCGCAAACCGUACAUCGUCCUCGCUUCAUCUUUGAUCGGCAUAUUUAUUCUUAUUCAAGGGAUGGUCUUCAGGAAAAUAACAGUAACCAGCAUUUCAAGUUUUGCUUUGAAAAUGGCUGCUUCUCUUUUCUCAGAGAUCAAAUUCGUGCCAAAACGACAAAUCAACCCAAAAGUCCCGGACUGCUUUUUAAUGUUCAUUGAUAAAGUAAUUUUGUUUACGCCGUUCCUCGUUGCCAUUGAAACCGGGACUCAGAUGAAACGAAUAUGGGUGCACUGUUGUAGUAAUAAAAAUAGGGAGAUUAACACCAAGCAAAUUCGACGGGCUCAUCUUCGCAAUCGUCGGCUUAAGCCCUUACCACGGCAAACUGACAUGCAAUCUUCUUUGAUCCCCGCUAAUUCAGCAGUGAAGCCUUGGUCCAGAAACUGCUAUGCCAUUGCUUAUCGCAACAGAUUACAACAAUCUGACUAUCCGAUGAUGUUGGCCAAUGUGAUUUGGAAAAUGUCCGCUACAGAUACAACUAAACAAGUGAUGCUACAAUGUGCAGAUGUGAUAGACACCCAUUUGCUGAAUGACAGUGAAGCUACUUUACUUCGCUGGUUAUGUCUGUGUACUACAAGCGCCCUCUUUCGAGCAAAGGGCGACAUUCAGGGGAUUGUGACCAAUAGCAGCUCUCAGCUGAGAAAGCUCACCAAAUUGGGUUCAAUGCUCAGUCUACAGACCCAGACCUUCAACGGAAUGAGGUUAAUCUCGAACUUACAAAUGCUAGAUUACAGACACAACGACAUCAUCUUUGAUAUAAAACUUGAUCGAGGUUUUCUCGUCUUAAAGGCAGACGUUCUGCAUAGUCGAAAGAAAGUCUCGGGAUGUCACAAAAAUUGUUUGAAGCUGAGCGCGAAGUUUUUGCCUCCAUUACAACCGCGCAUCCAGAGGCGACUGGCUAAAUAUAAUGUUAUAUCGAUAUCUGGCUCGGCUCAAAAGGUCAACGAAGCUCUUAAAGAAUUUGAAAGGCGAACAAUCCGACUUAUUUACAACCCGUUCGUGCGGCAAGACGUGGUCGGGCUGUGCGUUAAGCAAGUCAAAGGUUUCCAUUUAUCGAACGAGCAGCUAUUUCGGAAAAAGUCUCAGAUAACGAAACUGAAAGAAUUAUCCUUUUAA